CUGCGUUUCUCUCUAAGUCAAAGCUAUAUAAGACUGGAUCAAUCUCCCUACAAACCCCACACCUCUUCGAUAAUUAAUUACUCCUAAUUAAGCAAAAAAAGAAGAAACUAAAUUAAAUGGGAGUGGCAAAUAAGCCCCACGCAUUGGUGGCCGUCCUGGCACUGGCACUGGCGCUCUCCGGCGCCGCCGCCGGCGGAUCGUCGGCCACCGUCGAGAUCUACAACGACUUCGGGAAGCACGUGUCGCUGGACUGCCUGAACGGCGGGAUCGGGGAACUGGACCAGGGCCAGAGCUAUUCAUUUGAGGUCGAUAACGGGAAGAUCAAAGACGGGAACGCGUAUUUGUGCGAGGUCGACGACGGUCCGGCCAAUUAUAUCCAGGCCCGGGGAUUCGACGGAGCCAGAGACAAGGAUCAUUUGAAGGUGUAUUGGAAGAUCAGUACCGAUGGAUUUGUAUCAAAAUCUUCCAACCAACAACAAAACACCUUAAUAAUAUUCAUAAGGAAAAAAAUGGGACUUGCAAAGAAACCCAACUCGUUGAUGGUCGUGAUGAUGCUGGCACUCAUGGCAUUGGCUCUCUCUGGUGCCAAUGCCCGCGCAUCAUCAUCACGGCUGUCGUCAGGAUUAGCCGCCCCGGUCAUUGAGUUUGACAACGAUUACGGGAAUCAGGUGACUCUUGAAUGCGGAUUAUCCUCAAGGAUUAAGGACGUGAAACUCGCCCCGGGACAGAGCUAUUCGAUUAAGGUCAACGUGAAAAGCAAACACAUGGAUGAUUAUGAUUGUAUGCUUAGCGACGAUUCCAAUUCCGUAUACGUGGAAGGGCAGGCAUAUGAUGCUGUGAGAGACAAAGGUCGUAUGAACAUAUAUUGGAAGGUCGACACGGUUGGGUUGUACCGCAGUUAUGAUAAACUUCACUGGGUUUUGGAAGAGAAAUGGUCUAGCAUUGACUGAUUUCUUUUUUAAUUUGGUUUUUGUUGGCCUAAUUUGUUUGUGCUCCAAUGAUUAAUUAAUAAGUGAUGUAGGGGGAUGAUUGGAUUGGUUUAGAAUGGAUAAUGGUAAACGAAUGUCAUUUUAAUAUAUCAUACAUACAUUUCUAAAAGUCCAACUCAAUUAAUCUCACUACAAAAAAAGGAGGCAAUAUCGACAAGGGUCAAUAUGUCGCUAAAGCUUGAAUAUCUGUCGCUACUCGCUUUUACCGACAGAUAAUUGUCUGUCGCUACGCUGUCGCUAAAAACUCCGUCAGUAAAAGUAUUACCGACAG